AUGUCAAAUGAGAUAACAAAGAAACAGCAGAUUGCAGAAAAAACAGAACUCAAAAUAGCAGAAUCUCGAGAAGGUUAUAGGCCCAUUGCUAAACAUUCAUCAGUAUUGUUCUUCAGCAUUGCAGACCUGGCUAACAUUGAUCCUAUGUACCAGUAUUCUCUCAUCUGGUUCGUGAACCUUUACAUCAACUCCAUUCAUGACAGGAAACAUUUCUGUGAUUCUAUACUUGAAUGGCGGGAAAUCUAUGACAGUAAAGACCCACACAAUGCAAAAUUUCCAGCACCAAUGAAUAAGAAGCUAAAUGAACUGCAGAAAAUAAUAAUUCUUCGGUGCUUAAGACCAGAUAAGAUAACUCCAGCUAUAACAAAUUAUGUAACCGACAAACUAGGGAAAAAGUUUGUGGAGCCUCCACCAUUCGAUUUGGCGAAGAGUUACCUGGAUUCCAACUGUACCAUCCCCUUAAUCUUUGUGCUGUCUCCAGGAGCAGACCCCAUGGCCAGCCUGCUGAAAUUUGCAAAUGAUAAAUCUAUGACUGGAAAUAAGUUUCAAGCUAUUUCACUGGGACAGGGACAAGGGCCAAUCGCAACCAAAAUGAUCAAAGCAGCAGUCGAAGAAGGAACUUGGGUUUGCCUGCAGAACUGUCACCUCGCUGUCUCCUGGAUGCCCAUGUUGGAAAAAAUAUGCGAAGAUUUUUCCCCUGAAAUCUGUAACUCAUCCUUUAGACUUUGGCUCACAAGCUAUCCAUCUCCAAAAUUCCCAGUCACGAUUCUACAGAAUGGGGUAAAAAUGACAAAUGAGCCUCCCACGGGUCUGCGGCUGAACCUUCUCCAGUCCUAUCUCACCGAUCCAGUGUCUGAUGCUCAGUUUUUUAAUGGAUGCCCAGGAAAAGAGCAGGCAUGGGAGAAGUUGCUGUUUGGAGUUUGUUUUUUCCACGCCCUUGUACAAGAGAGAAAGAAAUUUGGUCCUCUUGGUUGGAAUAUCCCAUAUGGAUUUAAUGAAUCAGAUUUACGUAUCAGUAUCCGGCAACUACAGCUCCCAGAGGAUUUUGACAUUGAAAUCGCAUUACUGAAGUAUCCCGUGAGAUACGAAGAGAGCAUGAAUACUGUGUUGGUACAAGAAAUGGAGCGAUUUAACAAUUUAAUUGUAACUAUACGCAGCACUCUGCAGGACCUUGAAAAAGCUAUCAAGGGUGUGGUUGUAAUGGAUUCGGCACUGGAGGCUCUUAGUAGCAGCUUGCUUAUUGGAAAAGUUCCAGAAUUGUGGGCCAUGCGAUCAUAUCCCAGUCUGAAGCCCCUAGGAAGCUACAUCACAGAUUUUCUAGCCCGUUUGACAUUUUUACAGGACUGGUAUGACUCAGGAAAACCCUGUGUGUUUUGGCUCUCGGGUUUCUUCUUCACCCAAGCUUUUUUAACUGGAGCUAUGCAGAAUUAUGCCAGAAAAUACACCAUCCCUAUUGAUUUACUAGGAUAUGAAUUUGAGGUGAUUCCUUCUGAUACGUCUGACAUAGCCCCAGACGACGGAGUCUACAUCCAUGGAUUAUACCUUGACGGGGCGCGCUGGGACAAAGCAAGUGGGCUGCUUGCUGAACAGUAUCACAAGCUUCUGUUUGACCUGAUGCCCAUCAUAUGGAUUAAACCAUCACAAAAGUCCCACAUUACGAAGUCAGAAGCCUAUGUCUGUCCACUGUAUAAGACAAGUGAACGGAAGGGAACUCUCUCCACGACGGGACAUUCCACUAACUUUGUCAUUGCAAUGUUGCUGAAAACAGACCAACCCACCCAGCACUGGAUCAAGCGCGGCGUUGCUCUCCUCUGUCAGCUAGAUGACUGAACCAGACAAAGUAGAAAACAACUGAACGCUUUAAAAAUUGUUUCUAUUGACUUUUAAAAAGUAUAAAGCCAGAUAAAUUGAUACCAUGCUUUUAAAUGGUCUUGUGAAAGGUCUUUGCGGUCACUGUUCCCCCGCCACCCCCCAUGUACCACUCGUGAUGCGAUUGGAGCCUUCUGACCAGACUUUCAAGAUCAUAGCCAGAUACCACUGGAAGAAAGUAUGAAAAGCACACACAAAAAAAUCUGACGCUUUUAUAUUACUUUUAAUUUGAUAUGUAUGUAAGAAACAGAUCAUAGGGAUUAAAUG